ACAUGUUCCUGACGCGCGCUGUUCGCGACAGGCUGUCCCGCUGGGACAGCUGUUGCGGAUCACCAACUGUAGUGCACGUCUUCCUCGUGGUGGUGACCGUGAUGGCUGUGCCAAUCGACUGCGCCAUUGGUCCCGAGGAGAGCUGCCAGCUGCGGCCCGUCAUACACGUGCUCAAGCAGCCAGGGUGCCAGCCCAAACCCAUACCGUCAUUCGCCUGCCACGGGUCGUGCUCUUCCUACGUCCAGGUGUCCGGCUCCCGUUACUGGCAGGUGGAGCGGUCGUGCAUGUGCUGCCAGGAGAUGGGUGAGCGCGAGGCCACGAAAGCGGUGUUCUGCCCGAAAGGCCCGGGACCCAAAUUUCGCAAGUUGGUCACCCGGGCGCCAGUGGAGUGCAUGUGCCGACCAUGCACAGCACCUGACGAAGCCUCGGUUCUGCCGCAAGAGUUCGUUGGACUUUGAUUGUUGUUCCUUCACCAGACGACCUAAAACAAGUAAACAUUUCCAAGUUUGAGGCACAAUAAACUUUCUAGCGACACA